CCGAAGAAAAGUGGGGACAAUGGUCCGCAGGGGUACUCCUGUCUUGUUUCCUCCUCCCCGAAUUCGUGUCAUCGACCUCCCAUUGUAGUGGGUGUACCUUGCAGGGAGAGGGUCAAAGGAAAGGGAAAAGGGGGAAUUGGCAACCGCAGCCUCAUUCCGCCCGUGACUUCCCGAUCGGUCGGAGUGUUUGUUCGAGCGCUGCUGGUCGUCGAGUCUUGUAGUGUGAGUAUCCUUACGUCUAUCAUGGAGACUGUGGAUGUCGACAUUGAUUUUCUUCUCUCUUUAGCCAAGUGGAAGCUGUAUGCGGGCAGGUUUACCGGGGAUAUCCACCGCGAUGUUCUGCUGACUAACCUGAAGCGUAAGCUACGAGCGGCCCGCAAGCGCCUCCGUGAAGAAGGCGAUAGACGAUCCUGUUGCCGGGAUGGAGCUAAUGGCCGUCGUUGUCGGAAGCGGCGGCGUGAAGGCGGGGAAAGUUCUUCCGGCUCUGCCAAGCGAUCGUGUUGUUCUGGUGUGCUCAGCUGGCGAGUGGAGCGUGUUCGGGAUUUCAUCGCUGGACUGGAACCGUGCAGGGUUAACUGGCAGGCCCUCGAGGAAGAACUUGGUCCGGAGCCGGACAUUGAACUCUUGGACGACUAGGGAGAGGGUCAAAGGAAAGGGAAAAGGGGGAAUUGGCAACCGCAGCCUCAUUCCGCCCGUGACUUCCCGAUCGGUCGGAGUGUUUGUUCGAGCGCUGCUGGUCGUCGAGUCUUGUAGUGUGAGUAUCCUUACGUCUAUCAUGGAGACUGUGGAUGUCGACAUUGAUUUUCUUCUCUCUUUAGCCAAGUGGAAGCUGUAUGCGGGCAGGUUUACCGGGGAUAUCCACCGCGAUGUUCUGCUGACUAACCUGAAGCGUAAGCUACGAGCGGCCCGCAAGCGCCUCCGUGAAGAAGGCGAUAGACGAUCCUGCUGCUGGGAUGGAGCUAAUGGCCGUCGUUGUCGGAAGCGGCGGCGUGAAGGCGGGGAAAGUUCUUCCGGCUCUGUCAAGCGAUCGUGUUGUUCUGGUGUGCUCAGCUGGCGAGUGGAGCGUGUUCGGGAUUUCAUCGCUGGACUGGAACCGUGCAGGGUUAACUGGCAGGCCCUCGAGGAAGAACUUGGUCCGGAGCCGGACAUUGAACUCUUGGACGACUAGGUAUAUCUUAUGUUUUGCGUAAUUGUGUUAGGUCGGGAUUUUUAACACGAUGCGUAUACACAUACAUUUGUAGGUUUUCCAGAAGCAAAGAAAACCGGCCCAGUUGGCCGCUAUAAGCCAUUGUAUUGUAGCUUGGUCAUUCGAAUACUCGCCAUGCAAGAGAUGAUGCGUGUUGUA